CAUGCAUCGCUUCAAGCAAUAGCAUACAUUCUUGGGUUUAAACCCAAUUCAGCAAAAAUCGAGUGUCAAGAAUGACAUGACUUAAAAACAAACCAUACAGCCGCCAUGCUACGCACUGCCCAGCGCAGCAUCAGCCGCUGGUCAAAUUCAGCAUGGCAUCUACCAUGUGCCUUCUCCGUGGCCCGACGGGGGCUAGCCACGACGCAACCCCGGCAGGGCGCCAUACACAGGCUCGUGUUUGCCGCCGUAAAUGAGAUCCAGGAGGACAUGGCCUCUGGCAAGAGAAAGUGGGAAGUGGUCCGCUCCCCGGAGAUCGUUAGCUUGGCUAGAGACCAUCCCAUGGUGGGAAAGAGGCUCAAGGAUUUUAAUAUGGCAUCCGUCAAGCAAAAUUCUGAAUGGAGGCAUACCGAUGCAUAUCGUGGCCUUAUGGAACUCCUCAACCAACGCUUCAGGCUGUUGGGUCCGGAAGAUGUCAAGGAAGAUCAGCUGACGGAAGAGAGUCCCUUGGUGGACGAGAACCCUUCCUCGGCUAAAUGUGACGAGAGUUCUGCUACCGAGACUGAACUCAAAGAUACAAGCGAACAUGAUAGCUCAGAUCCAGCUACGGCGGUUGAAAACAUAGAACAAGACGGUACACCGACCAAUGAAGCUGUGGCUGCCGAGGAACCACUUGACACUACACCGCCAAACAACAAGCACGAUCCUGACAGUGAAUUAAUGAGAGUCUUUACAGAAAGUCGCGGUCCAGGACAUCCUCGCAAAGAUCCAGAGGGAGAUAAGGCAACAGUGACAGACGAAAGGUUAUCUGGUGCGAAGUUGAUGAAACCUGAUCUAGGCGAGACAACCGCUAAAAAUGUUGAUAUCGAGCAAGUGGAGGCAGUACAACCUUCGCCCGAGGAAACAAGGGUGAAGCUCGAAGAGACAUACGAAAAUGCGCUCUACUUGAUUUCUCUUUUACCCACCAACAGCGGUGCGAAGAGAGGGUUCCUCCACGGUAAUCAAAACGAUGCUAGCCCUAACGAAGUCCAUCGGCGAAGGGACAUGUUGAACCGGAUCGGCAUGAGGGAAAUCACGAAACUGCGUGGUCGAGCCGGCCUAAGCGAAGGAGGAACCCUGGACCUCAACUCGCCAGGGCACAGGAUGCGUUACAUACACAUUGCAGGCACAAAAGGAAAAGGCUCCGUGGCACACUACAUCACUUCGAUCCUCACCUCGCCUGUUGGUCUCGGCGCUGGCAAGAUAGGCACUUACACAAGCCCUCAUAUCAACACGGUUCGUGAACGCAUAAAGAUUGACGGCGAAAUGCUGUCCGAGGAGGAAUUCACCAAACAUUUCUUCCGGUUCUGGCGCGUUCUCCGCAGGAACGAGUCAAGGGAGCAAGAUCUACCCAAAGAUCUGUUUAUACCCAACACAUGGAUGAAGGGGUAUGACGAGAAACUGCAUGGACCUCGAAGAAAGAUAGCCGUGCGAAGCGCGCCCUUGAAGAACCUUUACGCCCAAGAAGAAGUCAUGGCGGCAACCCGAAUGCCUUUUCUCUUCAACUUCAUGACCCUACUCGCCAUGCGUGUGUUCCGGACCAUGCGCGUCAAAACUGCCGUGGUUGAAUGUGGCAUAGGGGCUGAAUACGACACAACCAACAUACUCAUUCCUCCAUCUGAUGUGUCCGUUGGUGUUGUCACGGCCAUUGAUUAUGAGCACACGUCCAUGCUGGGCAAAUCCCUGCCCGAGAUUGCGUGGCACAAAACCGGCGUCUUCAAGCCCGGAGCUUCGGCCGUUGUGGUGCGCCCGCCCAUCUCUGCCGCCACGUAUGACUUUAUGAACGGGAUGACGCAAGGCGCCUAUGGUCUGCCUAAGCCGCCUCCAUCACUGGCUGUCGACAUGGAAGAGCGUGACGACUCGCCUGAGCAUCGAGCCCAGGCAGAGGGAAAUGCCGUCAUGGGCCUCAUCUGGGGCAGGGCCAUCGACCGUGGCGUGAAGAAGUUGGUCGACGUGCCCUUCGACGUCGGAAUUCCCGAGGUAUCCGCACCUCCAGAUGAGAUCUAUGUCGGUGGUCCUGUUGAAAAGCUCAACAUGGCAGUCGCUUCACUCGCAGUGAGUGAGCAUUUCCACCAAAUACAAUCCAGCCGCAACAUAGCAGCCAAGAUUAUCCGCAGCAACCCCGAGACUUCUGCCCGGGACGAACCACCAUCAGAAGUCAGCCCCUCUCACUAUCAGGCCCGGAUGAGGAGUUUGUCUCUCGCCCCAUACCUCAGCCGUGGGCGCUGGCAGGCCAUGAUCAAACCCACCCACUUCUCCGCGAUGGCAUUCGCAAAGACCCUCCCGGGCCGCCGCGAGGUCUACCAAUCCCCUCACGAUUCGGACACCACCAUCUACCUCGACGGCGCCCACACCGCAAACAGCCUCCGCGCCGUCGGCCAGUGGUUCCAGGACAAGUUCGCAGAAGCUGGGAACAAAAACAACAACAACGUCGAGCCCCUGGCGGCCAUCGUCUUCGACCAGCGCGACCCUGACCGCGACCCGAUCGCGCUGUUGUCGGCCCUCAUCGAACCAUUACGAUCCAGCGGCGGUCUCUUCAACGAGCGCAACCUGGCCUUCAUCGGUAUAAUCCGCCCUACAUCAGGAAACAACGAUGUCUUUGACAAUCUGCAGCGGCACUUUGAGGCCGAGUACCCCUGGCUGCGCUUCAAGCACUUUGAGCACGUCGACCACGCCACCCUCAGGGCGGCUGCCAGGGCGCGCAAGUUCGUCAGCGGCGACAGCAAAGCCAUCGAAUGGUGGCCGCGGCCCGUGCAUGUGCUCCUCACCGGCAGCUUCUCCCUCACGUCGCGGCCCGAGAUGCGCGACUCCAUCCCCGUCCUCUUUAACAUGUCGUCCAAGCAGCAGCAGAAGGAGCUGGGCGGCGACGACGAUCCGGCAUCGCGCGUCGAUGACGUGCUGGCGGGCCUGGUGCGUGAUGCCAAGGAGCGGGAUCGUGCGCAUUUGACACGCAGGAUGGCUUUGCACAGGCGCCGCAAGGCCAUCAUGAACCGAGAGUCACGGAUUCAGGCACGCGGCAACUUUAGUUUUUGAGAGUGACAAGUUUUCGGAGUCGGUUCCGUGGGCCACCCGGUUCUGGUGCAGAGCGUGGCAUAUGUCGGGCCGGCCGUGACAUAUUGUGUGCAAUAUCACAUGUAUAUUACCCAACAUUUAUAGAAUUGUACUAUCUGGUAUCACAUGGCACUGGGAACCUGCUGUCUUAUCUAAUAUUGGUUUUAUAGAAUACAAUACACUGUUAUAUACGG